CAACAAUGAUUUUGACAUUUCUGUGGACGCGGCUUUCAAGGUUUUUCGCAUUUUCGGAUUUUCUUUCGCCAAUUGCAAAGAAUUCCAUUAAUAAUAAAUUGUAUAUAAUUAUAUUUUAUUAAAGUCCAUGUUUAAAUAAUUAGAAGUGAAAAUCAAAGCAAAAGAACAAAAAUCAAAUCGAAAAAAACCUAAAUAAAAAUGUCUAAUCUCCAAAGAUCCAUUAUGAAGUCUCGUCUACCCCCAACAAUUCCCGGUAGUAGAAUCGGAAGAUCGGAUUCGUUUAAAAAGUCCAAAUCACGAGAUUAUAAGCCAACACUCUGGAGCGAGUACUUUACCGAGAAGGAAGACGUUGAAAUCGAUGAAAAAACAGUAUUUCGUGUUUACCGCACCAGUCAGCCACAAAAAGCCGGCCCAGUCAUCCUACUUUUGCACGGUGGCGGUUAUUCUGCCCUCACUUGGUCGCAUUUUUGCGUGGAAAUUACACACAUGAUCCAUUGCCAGUGCUUGUCGGUGGACAUGAGAGGCCACGGUGACACAAUUACCGAUGACGAGGAAGACUUGUCUGCUGAGACACUUGCUACAGACGUUGGCAAACUCAUAAACAAACUGUACCCCGAAGAUACACCUUGUCCACCCAUCCACUUGGUGGGUCAUUCAAUGGGCGGCGCUAUUGCUGUGCACAUUGCUCACAUGGAACUUAUUCCAGCACUGGUUGGAGUUACAGUCAUUGAUGUGGUCGAAGGUACUGCCAUGGAAGCUUUGGCCAGCAUGCAGAGCUUCCUACGUUCCCGACCGAACUUCUUCAAGAGUAUACCAACUGCCAUCGAGUGGUGCAUCCGCAGUGGACAGAUUCGAAACAUCGACAGUGCCAAGGUUUCUAUGCCUGGUCAAAUAAUUAAUUGCACAACGAAGAAGCUCGCCACCAAUGAGCUUCCCUUACAAGACGACCCCGAGGAAUCAUCCGAACCAUCGACAUUUACCCAUCCUCUGGUCAUAUCCGAAGACGAAGAAGGAGCCGAAAAUGCAGACACUCCCACAUCGCCAACAUCGUCAUCAACACCCCCAUUGCCACCGAGCAUUAAUUUCAAAAAACCAGAUCCCAUCGACGAUGAGGCCAACAAAAAAUAUACUUGGCGUAUUGAUUUAUCCAAGUCGGAGAAGUACUGGGUCGGGUGGUUCUCAGGUCUGAGCGAGAAAUUUCUCAGUUUGAGAGUGCCGAAGCAGCUCCUAUUGGCAAGCAUUGAUGGUUUGGAUAAAACUCUUACAGUUGGACAGAUGCAAGGAAAAUUCCAAAUGCAGGUUCUAGCUCGAUGUGGUCAUGCCGUUCAUGAGGAUCGCCCACACGAAGUCGCAGAAGUUAUAAGCUCCUAUUUGAUUCGAAAUCGAUUUGCCGAAGCAGCUGGCGAAUUUCGUUCACACAUGCCAGCUUGUUAGAUUACUUAGGAAGACCUAACAAAAGUGUGUUUUUUUGUUGUAAAGAAAUGAAAUGGCUAAGGAUGCGUGUGAUCGAGAGUUUUCAAAAAAAGAUUGUCGUUUUUUCCAGUUUCUUGGUUUGAGAGAAUGAACGCAACAAUAUUUUGAUUGUUUACUUAACUUAUAUACUUAUCCUAAAAAUUUGUAUAACACUUUGCCACCGAAAAGGCCAAAAUUAUUCGAGACUAUUUAUUUGAACAAAAGAAAGAAAGAAAAACUAUUAUUUAUUUUUCUUUCAGCUUUGUGCGCAAAACUUUUAAGACGCAUUCAUUCGCUAUUUACAUAUACAUAUAUACAAAAAUACUCUCGUAUAUAUUAAUCUUAAUACGUAAUUUCUUAUUCUUAUUUUAACGCUUAAGAAUGAAUUUAUUAUAAUUAAAAAGAAAAAUCAAAAAAAUUAUGAAAAACAAAAAGUACCUACUCGAAAUUCUUAGGAAUCUUAUGGGAUUCGAGGUAAUUUUACUAACUUUUUGCCUCUCUCAUCCAUUUCCAUUGAAUGCAUUUUAUUGUCUCAAUAUAUUUUUUUUGUAAAUAAUAAAAAAUACUAACGAAAAACUAUUUAUUCAAAAGCGGGACAGAUACAUAUAAACCGCAUGAUUAUCCUUUACCUUACUUGAUUUUCAUCCAAUUGAGAAAUAAAAAUAUAUAACUUAUAACAAAAA